AUGGUGACCAUAAUAAACCCCCUCGCCUCGCGAAAUAAUAAUGCACCGCUGUCAGUUUCGGAGCGGUUCCACCAAACGUGUAAAUAAUUAAGAAAAUUGAAAGAAAACAGAACAGUCAUUAUGGUUUGACGUUGAGUGUUACUUGGGGGGUAUUGUCAUAGCCACCGGCGCUGCAGCGUCCGUCCACGUCGAAUGUUUGCGGAGAGCAUAGGUUAGGUGAUUCAAUUGAAUCGGAAUUGAUACAAAUUGCAACAAUGGCACUGGAAUUUAUGGUGAAUCGGGUGAAGGCCCUCGUGGUUUUGCUCCUGGGGGUCUUCAGACGUGCCUUAUGCUGCCUCAGGAGGAGGAGGAGAUCCUCGUGUGAUUCCAUACCACUCUCAGCCGUCGGAGUCGUGCCUAAUUCCAACAAUAGUCGAGUUGAGCAGGAGCACUGGGAACAGUGGGAUGAGAAUCCAGUGGUCAUUGUCCCUGACAAACCGGUCAAUCCUAUCCAGAGUAAAAUCGACCAGUACAGGCAACAGAUAGCCAAACCUCCUGAACCACUCGAGGAACCGCAGAUCAAUUUUUUUGAGGACAUGACACCAAGAAUAACGAAACAGAAGAAAGUCCUCAUUAAAACUAAAUCAGAGGAGUCCGGAGCCAAUCUCUCCAAGUUUGCGAUUGCAGCUGAGAGAAUUCCAACGAAUAAUCUCGAGGUGUGGGACGAUAACGCAGCGACGUGGGAGGACGAGACUGCGGAAGAAUUCGGAGAUACAACUGAGGAACUCAGGAGACAGAAACGUCGAGAGCGUGAGAAAAAAUUGUACGAGCAGCAGCAGAGGCGCAUGGAGUACAACUUCAGACCACCACCGCUGGGGGAAAAAAUAGUCUCCUGAUCCUGACCAUCAGUCCCCAAUGGACGCGAAUGGGGCAAAAUGGACACUUUUGAAUUUUUUUGAAUUCUAUCGUGAAGCACUUUUUUUGAAUUUUUUUGAACCUCAAUAAGUCAUUGAGUGUGAGAUGAAAUGGAAUAAUUUUUUUUCUAUGAAAAGCAUGCUUCUCCCUCUUUGUGAUGAGACUCAAUUGAUAAAUUUAUUCUUGAGUUAUGAACAUGGAAAAAAAUGGGUCCAUUUUGCCCCAGCCUCCCGUAAGUCUUUCCAAUUUCAUGUUGAAUAUAUGGGGGAGACACUGUUGACAAUUUUCUGCCUGAAUUUUCCAAUUGAAGCGAUGGUUUUGUGAAUAUUGACAGCUUCAGUGUGUAAAAUUGACAGAUUUUUCCUGUCAUAUCAUACAAUUGAAAGAAGACUUCUUGUUUCUGAAGAAUUCAGCAGAAAUAUUCUUUAAUAAUCUGUUAAUUCAUGGAAGCUUUGAUUUUUAAGGAUCUUUUAUGGGAAAUUUCAUGUGAAAUUCUCUCAGUGUGAGGACAGACCAGCGUGCACAUGAAUAAGCAAUAUUCCGAUGAACAAUUAGGCCCUCGGACUGUUUUGAAGGAACAACUUUGCACGAAAUAAAAUACUCUUAAAUUGAGAAUAUUCCCUUUUUUAUUUUCUCAAUUCAAGUAUAUUUUAUUUUUAAAUGGCGAAUAUUUAUGCUUGAAUCAACAGUAUUCUUCAAGGAUGUUGAUAUUUUCCACUAAAAUUCUUCAUUUUAUUUUUUUCUGUGAGUCUGUAAUUUCUUUUCGUGCAAUAAUUCAUGUAUUUUCUCAUGAAAAGCUCCAGGCAUCCUUCGAUGCCUGAAAAACCAUCAAAAUCAUUCGCAGUCUGCUACACAAAUCAUGUUCCUCUCCCAAUGGACGCGCAUUUAAAAUCACCCGAUUAGUCUCAAGGAUUUUCCUCGUGAUUUUUUGAGUGCUGUAUGACUAACUCGUGAUAAUCGCACCCUGAAAGUCGUUAAAUGCAUUCCACUUUGAUGAUUUCAUCAUUGGACUUGUUUCCUUCCUUUAUCAUCGAAUAUUGUAUUGAUUUUUCGUUAUCUAGUAUGAUUGUGUUAUGACUAUAAAUAUCAAAAGUGUUUUCAAUGAAA